CUACUAGUAGUGAAGAUGAAAGUGAGGUGGAAGAUAAAUCAGUUAAAAAGAAUAGAGAUAGAUCAGUUAGUAAGAGGAAAGGUAGAUCAGAUAGUAGAGGUAGUGGUAGUGAGGAUGUACCAAAAGUAUUGACCGAUAAGCAGA